UCAAUCUUUAAUUCUUUUUGUCUUUCGUUUUUAAAAAGUGCCUGUAUAAAAAAAACGCUCAAUGCCAAUUGGGGAAUAUAAAGGAUGUCUUCUUCUCUCCCUAAAUCUACUGGCAUUGUUUCUGCAAAUAUCAAAUUGUUCAACAAUAAAUCUGACAAUGAAUCAUCAACAGCGAUAGUCAAUAAUGUUAGCAAGUCUUCUGCAACGAGCCAUGCUCACCAGAAAGAUAGUAUUGACGAAAGUCCAAAAGUACCGCUAGCACCCCCAUUACCACCGAAGCCCUCACAAAAACAGAUAAAACUGGGCUUCACUAAUGGAUGCACAUCAACUAAUGGGGAUUCUGCCGCCAUUAACAGUAAUAGCAAUUUACCUGCGUCGCUAUCUACAACACCACCACCCCUUCCGCCUACAAGGCCACGGGCCAUACCCAAUAAUAAAGAUGGAAGCACACUCAAACUGCAUAGCCAUAAAUUGCUAAAACCACCAGUAUCAAUUUCUUCGAAUUCGACCUACACCCAUCCACUGUCUUCGUCUGCAUUAACUGUCUUGUCAACUCAUAAAACCCAUUCACCAAACACUUUUUCUACAUCAAUACCUUCAACGAAUACAACCGUUACCACACCUUUGCCGCUAACAGCGCAAAGAAGUGGGUCAACGUUGAAGGGAAUGUUAGGCAAAGUAGUCGGCAGUAUGAGCGAUUUAUGGACAGCUGCCCCAAGUAGUACUUCUGUUACUUCUGCUGCAUCAAAUUCGAGCCCAAUAAACAAUAAUAGCACUAAUAGUAGUGGGAGAGCCAAAAUAUCUUCACCAUAUAAUAUGGUUCACGUCACUCACGUAGGAUUCAAUGCGCAAACAGGCGAAUUCACUGGUUUGCCUAGGGAAUGGCAACUUUUACUACAGCAAAGUGGCAUUACGAAGAAAGAACAACAGCAAAACCCUCAAGCAGUUUUGGAUGUAUUGGAAUUCUAUAAGGAUACCAAAGAACAUUCAGUAAAUUCCGUUUGGGAGAAAUUUGAUAAUGUACAUCUCAAGAGCAACUCUACAUUUGUAAGCAUGACAACUUCAUCCACGCCUCCACCUCUACCAACACGAUCCCGGCCAAAGCUGGUUGUUGUAAAUAAUAAUCACGAUCAUAAUACUACCAUCAAUAAUAAUACAAACAUAAGCGCUAGUAAUACUCAUAAACCACCUGUACCAAUACGACCUUCCAGCGUAAUUAAUGCUACUCAAAAUAUCGAUACACCUAUUAAUACUAAUAACAAUAAUAAUACUGAUACCAGGAGUGCAACACGUCCUAUAUCAACUUCUUCUCCUCCACCUAUACCUAAUCGGCCUGACCUUUCCAACAUAAAACGCGGCAAAUUACCGCCCCCUAAACCACCAUUAUCUACAAAGCCAUCCGUCUUGAUGUCUACACAAACGGCGUCUUCCUCAGCACUAGCAUCAUCGCCUGCCAUGUCAUAUACUAGCAAUGUUCCGACUACUACCGAGUCGCAUCAGCUUUACAAUAAAAAGGCGCUUACCAAUGGAAACAAAAAUGUAAAUAUCAUGUCAGCCGCGCUUAAAUCAACUCCUGUACCGCCGCCCAGAUCAAAUAAGCCUGUAUUUGCGCCUGCCGUCUCUUCAAUGUCUUCACGUCGACAAUCUGCAACAGUCGCAUCUUCUGUUUAUAUUUCACCUUUGCCCGCUCCGCUAGAUCCUGCAUUAGAUACUGAUACACUACAAGAUAAAGCACGUCAAUUAAGACGAGAGCAGAGACAACAAAAAGAAGCAAUGAAGGAUGCUCAGAUUAUUGCCGAGUUGAAGGCUAUUUGUACAGAUGCUGAUCCUACCAAAUUAUAUAGAAAUAUGGUGAAAGUAGGUCAAGGUGCAUCUGGUGGUGUUUAUACAGCUCAAUCUGUUGAUACCAAUAUGUCAGUUGCCAUUAAACAGAUGAACCUAGUCCAGCAACAACGUAAAGAAGUCAUCAUCAAUGAAAUUCUCGUUAUGCGAGAAGCCAAGCACAAAAACAUUGUCAACUUUAUUGAUUCAUUUUUGAUCUCAAACGAGCUUUGGGUAGUUAUGGAAUACAUGGAAGGUGGCAGUUUAACUGACGUCGUGACAACUAGCAUGAUGACCGAAAGUCAAAUCGCCACUGUGUGCCGCGAAACUUUAGAAGGCAUACACCAUUUACAUUCCUUAGGCAUAAUACAUCGUGAUAUCAAAUCUGAUAAUGUUCUUCUCGGCUUGAAUGGACAAGUGAAGCUAACUGACUUUGGCUUUUGUGCACGGUUGAAUGACUCAGAAACACGAACAACAAUGGUUGGAACACCGUAUUGGAUGGCACCUGAAGUAGUGACGCGAAAAGAAUAUGGGCCAAGAAUUGAUAUCUGGUCACUGGGUAUUAUGGUGAUUGAAAUGAUUGAAGGGGAGCCUCCCUACUUACAUGAAAACCCCUUGAGAGCACUCUAUUUGAUAGCUACCAAUGGGACGCCUACUUUGCAACAUCCUGAUGAACUUUCUGACAAACUAAAAGAUUUUUUGAAGCAAGCACUCAUGGUAGAUAGUCAAGAGAGACCAGAUGCUGAGACAUUAUUACAACAUCCAUUUUUGGGAAAAUCUGAUAAUGUAAAGCUUUUAAUGCCCUUAAUCAAAGCAAGUCGAGAAAUACGAAAAGCUCAUGAAAUGUAACACACUUGCAUAAUGGAGGGAAGGAAGCCAACAGUUUUUUCACUAGCACAUUGAUGUGUAAUAAAGUAAAGUUACCCUCCUUUUCUCAGCUAGCAAUAAAAUUUUGGUCUCACUUUCACAAUGGAAGCCUGACGUUGUUUC